UGCUCUCUACACUCGCCUUUAACACAAAUAACUCAGGGUUACGUGAGCUGCAUGAUAGAGCAUUUUUUUCCACUUCAAAUUAAAGGAGAAUAUCUUGUUCUUGAGGAGACAGGUCCUGACUAUUGCAUUUGAAAAUGACGAUUGAGAACGUGCUUCCGGGCAACUUUGGCUAUGCGAUUUUUACAUAUAUAUAUAGUUUUGUCAUGUUAGCCUAUCUCGGGCUACAAGUUGGUGCUGCAAGAAAGAAGUAUGAGAUAAAGUAUCCCAACAUGUACAGUGACAAGGACCCAGUCUUCAACUGUAUUCAGAGGGCGCACCAGAACACACUGGAGGUGUAUCCACAGUGGCUGGUCUUCCAGACUAUUGCUGCAUUAGAGUAUCCGCUUGUUGCCUCGGUGUUAGGAGUCAUCUGGAUUACGAGCAGAUUCUCUUAUGCCUGGGGUUACUACACGGGUGAUCCUGCUAAGAGGAUGCGUGGUGCAUACGGGUACAUCGGGCUGUUAGGAGUCAUUCUGCUCUCCAUCUCUGUGGCUCUCAAACUGCUUGGAGUCCUUUAAGGGAACAACAUACCACAUAAAACCAAUCCUUGCCACUUAA